UCGACGCACUGGCACGAGUGUUCCGAGAUUGACCGAUUGGGUGACAAACACCUUUUGCAAGGGAGCAAAGGCAUUUACGGUUGGACAUUUGAACCCGAAGGAUAGUUAAUCAGGUGGUAGUGAUCUAUCUAUGGCCGAUAGUUGUGAAAUAGUGAUGAAUGGAAUAGUGCAUAAUUUAAACUGCUAAUCGCUGCAUCAGCCAUUGCCCAGUGAGUGAGCUAGUGGUGAACAAAUCGAGUGAAACUGGCGCGCUAAAUCUCCACAAUCGGACCCGGUUUAUGAUCAAUUUGGUGUACGACUGUAUCUCUGGUUGGAUUAAUCAUGCAGCGCGCGGUAUUUCAAACAACUCUAUGGAUAAUGAUGCUGUUGGAUUCUAAUGUCGUGUUCGGGAAAGCGAUCAAUGGCAAGGCGAACACAAACUCAGUUAAUAGCAAAGCAGUGGAGACACCCAAAUAUUUGGAAGUACAAUAUGAUGAUUAUCCGAUGGUAGUUCCGAAGCGAGCAGCGAUGCUUCUGGAUCGAUUGAUGGUGGCGCUGCAUCACGCUUUGGAGAGGGGCGAAGGCGAGGAUGGUUCUGGACGGCCCAUCAAUAAGGUAUACCGAGAUGCUAAAUAUGGUGGGCGUCCGGUCACGAACGGAAUGGUCAAGCAACAUCACCCUCAACUGCAACCGCAACCCAGCAAGACGGAGCAACUGAUGAAGUCGUAUUAUGCCGAGGCAGAGGCCGAGGACUCGGAGGAAGCCAACGUGAUACCCGAUGAGCUUGACGAGUUCGAGGGCCGUAUGGAGCUCCUGGACGAAAUGGUAAAAAACUAAAAGAAAACGAAUUUUCUAUUGAUGGACAUUCAAACGAGGGGUACUGAAGAUAAAACGAAAAAGGGCCGAUACUGGAAGUGUUACUUCAACGCUGUUAGCUGUUUCUGAACGGGAGGGCAGAGCGAACAAAAGCUGAGAUAAAUGCAGAUGCGUUAGAUAAAAUAAAACUAGUUAGUAAGAUGUAUUAAAU